AUGCUGCCCGCUAUCCCCCGCUCGGCCCACAAGUUGAAGUCCCGCAUUCCGUACCUGAAGGACUUACAACUGAACUUCAUCCUCAUUCACUAUGUUUAUAUCAUAUCGGCUAUUCUGAUCACCUCCAGUAUCAUCUAUCCCGGAAGUGAUCUGAAGUAUAUCGAUGCACUCUUCUUCUCUGCGGGCGCUGCCACGCAAAGUGGCCUGAAUACAGUCGACUUCAACCUACUCCAUACGUACCAGCAGGUCAUCCUCUACUGGGUUACUAUGCUUACUACCCCCAUUUUCAUUCAUACAACUGUUGUCUUCAUCCGUCUUUACUGGUUCGAGAAACGCUUCCAACACGUCGUCCGCGACGCUCGGGCGCUCCGCAGUAUCAGGUCUCGACUUCGGACAACCAGCGAGAACGAGCAUCUGCACUCUCACGGUCAGGGAGGAUCCGGAAUCAAUGGACGUCUAUAG